AAGUGAAGCCAAACAUCCCCAAAACGACAUCUACUGAAGACGAUUGUUCUAGACAGAAGCUAUCUGACUUUGGGUAUAAUGAUCCAGCCACAACUCAAAUAAUUUCACCAGAACCUCUGAUUAAAGAAGAAUCCAUUAAAGUGGAACAGAGAUCCGAGCAAGAAGAUUUUUCUGAUAUUCCAAAGGAGGAAUUAGACGGAGAGCCUGCUGGGAUUGCUUCAUCCUCACAACUUCAACCGCUUAUACCAUUCAGCACUGUAAAAUCAACAGCAUGGUAAGAAACAUCUAUUUUAAUAAAUAUCCUUCAAUCUGUGUACAAUUAUUAUAGGCAAUUUUUUUUAACUUUCUGUCAUAGCACUGAAUUGCAUCCAGUGGAACUGAAAAUAGAGGGUAGGCAUGAGGAUGCGUCACACGUGGUGUUGCCUGAUAUAUUGGUGCCGGUUUCCGCUGAAAUGGAAAACGGCGAUCAUAUUGCGAGUGCAAAGCAGUCUCCAAAUGGGUGAAGAGAGCCAGCAGAUUGUCUCUGCAGAAGCAGACCAGGAGAUGCAUUCGCAUGAGGGUGUUUCACACAUGCUGCUGACUGAUAUGUUGAUCCCCAUCUGUGAGAAAAUGGAAGAUGAUUUAAGCAAUGAAUGGACAAAAGCUGGAGAGAAAAGCCCUCAUGAGGAAGGAAGAUCUCAGGUUAGUUAGCUGAAUGGCAGAAUGAGUAAGGAGUGAGAGAGGAUCCAGAUACCGCAGACCUGUUCUGUCAAGUGUCACACCCAUCAAAUGUGGGACCAUCAGUAUCACCCAAGAGGGAAAGACCCACUCGGGGCAAAGGCAAGUUAUUGGUAAAGAUGACGUUUCCAAAAAGAAAGACUGGAGAUUCCCCUAAGAGUGGCGAGCAAUCACAAACCGUUCCUCUGUCAAUCUUAAUGUCGGAGUCAACACAAUGUAGUGCUGAGACAUGUGCUGACUUGCUGCCCACUGGCUCGGAGGACCAUGAGGAAGCAUCUGGGGGUGUUUCACACAUUGUGCUGUCUGAUAUUUUGGUGCCUGUAUUGGAUGAUACCGCUGAAUGCAGCCUUCACAAAGAGGCCUUAUCUGCUGGUCUUCAAGAAGAUGCAGUCAAAGUUGAGAAGUCAACAGAUAAUGAGAGACCAACAAAUACUGAAAUGGAAGAGAUGAGCUCAAGUCAGUCUGUGGCAGUGGAAUGGAAAACACCUUGCUGUAGGAGAGGCACACUGCAUCCAAUGCCUAAAUUGUCAAAAAGAAAAGCUGAUCCUUCAGAAAAUGACCUCUGCCCGCCCAGCUCUACACGCUCUACACAAGCUACACCUCAGCAGUCCCUGGACCCUCAAGCUGCAGAAUGGUCUCUCAAAAGCAAUAUAAGCAAUAUGGACUCAGAUGAGAUGGAGAACUGGUGUGAAGGAGUUUCCCACAUGUUGCUGUCAGAUGCAUUUGUGCCCGUUUCUGAAGAGACUGGAGAGAACAGCACAGAGCUGAAACACUGA